CGAUAUGCCGCUGUGCAAAUCGUUCCCGAGGGACUGACGCCGCGAUACUUUGUCGACAGGUCGCAUCCGUUGUUCAAGCGCGAGGGAGCUUGCGGCGACAACGCUCACAGCUGCCUUGACACUGGCCACGGCGACCUCUGCUGCGACAACAACAGCUACUGCUACGUCAACACCUCCGACCAGCUCAGAUGCUGCGCAAUCGGCCAGGCUUGCUCCUCAGACAACCCUUGCGGUGCUACCGCUGUCCGCUGCUCUGUCACACGCACAGUCACCAUCACAUCCACCUCAUCCGCCGCCAAGACAACCUCCAAAGAACCCGUCAUCACACGAACAACCACCACCGUCCUCACCGGCUGCUGCGGCCGCGCGUGUCCGCAGACGAGCUUCUACCUCUGCGCCUCUUCCCUCGGCGGCAACUGCUGCCCCUUUGACUCAAACUGCCAGGCUGGCGGGCACUGCGUCUCGGCGAAGACAGCCCCGCCUCCAGGCCUCACUCCUGUCGCUGACGGCUGCACCACCAGCCAGUUCCGGUGCGCGGACGGCAACGGCUGCUGUAACAACGGCCAGACAUGCACCUCGUUCGCAGGGUCGGCCUACUGCUCCACCGCAACCGGAGGCCCGACUAGCACCCUCGAGGCGGGCAGCGACUCUGGCUCCGGCUCCGGCUCCUCAUCGUCCGGGGGCCUCUCCCCCGGUGCGGAAGCAGGUAUUGCCGUCGGCGCGGUGGUGGGCGGCGGCCUCAUAGUCGCGGCAGCCGUGUGGUUCUAUCUCACAAGACGAAGAGCGGCGGCGCAAAACCGCGUAUACAACGACGCCUCCCUACAAUCUGGAGACGCGAACGGC